AUGGCUGCAUUGAAGAAAACAAAAAAUCUUAAACUCCUUACCGGCUUAGUACCUAGAUAUUGCCCCCAACUCACAGCUAGAAGAAACUUAAAUCUACAAGAAUUCCACAGUAAGGACUUGUUGAGGAAGUUUCAGGUUUCUAUUCAAGACUUUCGAGUAAUUGAUUCUAAACUGGACACUAAACCUUUAGCGGAUUUUAAAGCUGAUGAGUACGUUGUCAAAGCGCAGAUCUUAGCUGGUGGACGCGGUAAAGGUCAUUUCGACAAUGGUUUUAAAGGAGGAGUUCACUUGACCAAAAAUCGCGAUGAAGUUUUCAAACUAGCUAAAAAUAUGAUUGGACACAAGUUGAUCACAAAACAAACACCUAAGGAAGGAAUACUGGUAGAUAAAGUGAUGGUGGCAGAGAGUGUGAACAUUAAGAGGGAGACAUACUUCAGCAUAGUGAUGGAGAGGUCCUACAAUGGUGCUGCUAUUGUGGCCUCCCCUGCUGGGGGUAUGGACAUUGAAGCAGUGGCAGAGAAGACCCCACAUCUAAUUAAAACUCUACCUAUAGAUAUCUAUGAGGGUAUCACAGACAAGAUGGCUAAUGAAGUUGCAGAGUUUUUGGAAUUCAAAGGGGAACUUAAAGCAAAGUGUGCUUCAGAAGUGCAAAAACUUUGGCAAUUGUUUCUAAGUGUGGAUGCUACUCAGCUAGAGAUUAACCCUCUAGUAGAGACUGAUGAUGGUAGAGUUAUCUCCGUGGAUGCUAAGCUGAACUUUGAUGACAAUGCUAGCUUCAGGCAAAAAGACAUUUUCGCUCUUGAUGAUGUAACCGAGAGUGAUCCUAAAGAGAGAGAAGCUGCUGCCCACAAUUUGGUGUACAUUGACAUGGACGGCAGUAUUGGAUGCAUGGUAAAUGGAGCAGGUCUAGCCAUGGCCACUAUGGACAUCAUAACUCUAAAUGGCGGGAAGCCAGCCAACUUCUUGGAUCUUGGUGGUGGUGUUGGACCAAAACAAGUAUCAAUUGCACUGAGGAUCUUGGAAUCAGAUCCUAAAGUGAAGUCUAUCUUUGUCAAUGUGUUUGGUGGUAUAGUCAAUUGCCUUACAAUUGCACAAGGUAUCAUCACAGCAUGCAAGGAGAAUCCUCCGAAACAUCCUCUAGUCAUCAGAUUGGAAGGAACAAACUCAGAUGCAGCUAGAGAACUGCUUGAAAACUCAGGUCUCCCUCUUAAAAUCGUCCAGGAUGUUGAUCAGGCAGCUAAAACAGUAGUUAACCUCGGAAAGUAA